AUGCCAAACGAGCCAACUCCCCCCAGCGUCCCCGAUGGCUGGUUAGCCAAAUGGGACCCCAACUACAAGACUUUUUACUAUGUCGACCUCUCCAACGGAAAAUCACAGUGGGACAAGCCUAGCGGCUCCGGUGGCCACAGUCCGCCAUCAUACGACCGGCCUCCUUCUCGGGGAAGUAGCCACAGCAACAGCAACAACAACAGACCUCACCAGGAGCAGCGUGGAUAUGGUGGUGGUGGUUCAGGCCCUCAAGGAUACGGCGGGGGACCUGGCCCUGGUGGCUUCGGCGGUCCCCACGGUGGCGGAGGUUAUGGUGGAGGACCGGGCCCCGGAUAUGGCGGAGGGCCGGGCCCCGGAUACGGUGGCCCUGGACCUGGUUAUGGCCCUGGUCCUGGUUAUGCGCCCCAGCCCAUGUACCAACAACCCCCGCCUCCACCUAUGUAUGCCCAGCCCCCGCCUAUGCAGAUGCAGCAGCAGCAACCUCACAGACGAAAUUGGGGAACUACCGCCAUGGGUGUUGGUGGUGGUCUUCUUGGUGGUAUGCUUAUUGGAGACAUGAUGAGUGGCCACCAUGAUGGCGGUGACACGGUUGUGAACAACUAUUAUGACGACAACAGUAACAACAACGACGGCGAUAUGUAUUCGGGAGGCGCUGAUGAUUAUGGUGGAGGAGACGACUGGUAA